ACGUGUGUAAUUGUUCGUGUGACUGACACAGACAAACACUGCACAGACAUUGAAUCGAUCAAUCAAUGGUGCUUGCGUCCAUUCGUCUUUUUCCUUCUCCAUUCCUCGCUUUCGCUCCUCGUCGCUCUCCAUAUUCAUGGCGCCCUCGUCCCUCUUCCGUCGCCGCCUUCUCUUCUCUCCACUCCUCGGCUUCUAAGGGAGACGGCGGAGUGGAACUAGGUGGUGAUCAAAGACAAGCAGAAGUUAUUUUUUUGGGGACUGGAACCAGUGAAGGGGUUCCUCGUGUUAGUUGCUUGACUAACCCUUUAAUUAAAUGUGAGGUGUGUUCAAAAGCUGCCCAACCGGGAAAUAAGAAUAGGAGACUUAACACAAGCAUUCUCAUUCGUCACCCCAAUUCUUCAGGAACACAGAAUAUUCUUAUAGAUGCUGGAAAAUUUUUCUAUCACAGUGCUCUCCGGUGGUUUCCUGCUUAUGGGAUAAGAACAAUAGAUGCUGUCAUUAUUACUCAUUCACAUGCUGACGCAAUUGGAGGUCUUGAUGAUCUCAGAGAUUGGACAAACAAUGUUCAGCCUCAUAUUCCAAUAUAUGUAACCAAACGAGACUUUGAGGUGAUGACAAAGACCCAUUAUUAUUUAGUAGAUACUAGUGUUAUCUUACCUGGUGCCAAAGUCUCAGAGUUGCAAUUCAAAAUCAUAUCGGAAGAAUCAUUUUUUGUACACGGACUGAAGAUUACCCCAUUACCAGUUUGGCACGGCCAGAAUUAUAGGUCCCUUGGUUUUCGUUUUGGUAAUAUCUGUUACAUUAGUGAUGUUAGUGAAAUUCCUGAAGAAACUUACCCACUUCUAAAGGACUGUGAAAUUCUAAUCCUGGAUGGAUUAAGACCUGAUCGUUCUACUUCCACACAUUUUGGACUUCCAAGGGCGUUGGAGGAAGUGCGAAAAAUUCAACCCAAAAGAACACUUUUUACUGGUAUGAUGCAUCUGGUGGAUCAUGAAAAAGUGAAUGACUACCUUGCGAGCUUAUUGGAGUCUGAGGGUCUUGAUGCACAACUGAGCUAUGAUGGACUUCGUAUACCAGUCAGACUCUAGAUUUAUACAACCUCAAUAAUUAUUUUUUUCCCGAAAGAGAAGUUAUUAAACAAUACAUUUAAAUGAUUUUACAAGUUCACACAUUCUGCAUGCUACUGCAACUAUUCCACCUUCUUCCCAUCCACUUGUCAUUCUUAUUUCCUUGUCUCUAUUAGCGACAAGCAACACUUAUACCAUAAUGUAACAGGAUUUUUUCCCCUUACAAUGAAAUAUUUUAUUGUGUAGUGAA